AUGGCCUUCGAAUUCAGCUCCGUCCUCGCCUCUCUCCCCCAUUCGUCCCUCUUCAGCUUCCCGCCCAGCAACCAACCGGCCUCGCUACCUCCCCCGGAAGCCGGCAACACGGCCCUCCCCUCGCCGCCGCCCUUUACUAUUCCCGAGAACAUCUAUAAUGCCGCCCUCGACCCUAGGGUGCCCAUCACCAUCGCUACCUUGUACGCCGUGACCGCCAAGGCUUGCAAUGCGUACAACAGAUCUAACAACAAGAAGCCCUGGGCGAUUGCUAAGACGCGAGGCUUCUUCUGGUUCGUCGUGCUUCACAAUGUCUUCCUCGCCGUCUAUUCGGCCUGGACCUUUGCUGGCAUGUUCAGGACCUUGAGGGUGAGCGUCGCGAAUCCCUUUGGUCCCAAUGGACUUGCCGGAACGGUGGACAGCCUUUGCCAGAUGUCUGGCGCUCCGGGCUUGGGCAAUGCCGUCUAUUAUGACGACGAGCAGGCCCGCUGGACCAGUCUUGCGCAGGAUGCUGCCAUUACCGCCGAGGGACUGCCCAGCGUAAACACCCCUGGGAGGAUCUGGAACGAGGGCCUGGCAUUCUAUGGAUGGAUUUUCUAUCUGAGCAAGUUUUACGAGGUGCUUGAUACUUUUAUCAUCCUAGCCAAGGGCAAGCAGAGCUCGACUCUGCAGACGUAUCAUCAUGCUGGAGCUAUGAUGUGCAUGUGGGCGGGUAUUCGUUACAUGGCUGCCCCCAUCUGGAUGUUUGCCUUUGUAAAUGCGGGUAUCCACGCCAUGAUGUACACCUACUACACCAUUACCGCCUUCUCCAUCCGCGUGCCCAUUAUUAUCAAGCGCACCCUCACCACCAUGCAAAUCACCCAAUUCCUCGUCGGUGCCUCCUACGCCAUGUCUCACUCCUUCGUCUCCUACAUCGUCCCCGUCACCACCACCAUCACCGAGACGAUCACCUCCAAGGUCGCGGCCGACGCUGCCGUCACCGCCGCUUCCGCCGUCGACCCUGAUGCGCCCGCUACCGCAGGCUCUAUCCUUCUCGACACCCUCAAGGGCAUUCUCCUCGGUGCCGCCUCUAAGGUCUCGGAAGCCGCCGCCUCCAUCUCCCAGCCUCCCGCCUCUCCCGCACCCGCUGUCGCUGUCGAUGCUUCAUCGCCUCAGGUAGUCACCCGUACGGAAACCACAUACGUGGUCCAGCCCUGCGUGAACACCAACGGCGCCACUUUCGCCAUCUGGCUCAACGUGCUCUACCUCGCGCCCCUGACGUAUCUUUUCGUCAAGUUCUUCAUUGAGAGCUAUCUCCGCCGCGGCAAGGCCGACGCCGCCAGGGUCAAGGGCAAGAGUGCGGCGCAGAGGAGGAUGAGCAACGUCGAGAGGGCGGAGAAGGCCGGUUGGGAUGCCGCCAAGGAGGUUAAUAGGGAGGUGUAUGGUGAUGGCAAUGGAAGUGAGGAGGCUGUCGAGGAUGAGGAUGAGGAUGUCAAGCCUGCGACUAAGGCUAAUGGUAAUGGCCGCACGAGGUCUAGUGCCCGAAGGGCUUAA